CGCCCGGCGCGGAGCCUUAGGUAGGCUGCGGGGCGCAGCCUGGGACCUCGUCGAGAAGGAUGCUGUCCCGAAAGAAAACCAAAAACGAAGUGUCCAAGCCGGCCGAGGUGCAGGGCAAGUACGUGAAGAAGGAGACGUCGCCUCUGCUCCGGAAUUUGAUGCCUUCAUUCAUCCGGCAUGGUCCAACAAUUCCAAGACGAACUGAUAUCUGUCUUCCAGAUUCAAGCCCUAAUGCCUUUUCAGCUUCUGGAGAUGGAGUAGUUUCAAGAAACCAGAGUUUCCUUAGAACUCCAAUUCAGAGAACACCUCAUGAAAUAAUGAGAAGAGAAAGCAACAGAUUAUCUGCACCUUCUUAUCUUGCCAGGAGUCUAGCAGAUGUUCCUCGGGAGUAUGGCUCUUCUCAGUCAUUUUUAACAGAAGUUAAUUUUGCUGUUGAAAAUGGAGACUCUGGAUCUCGAUAUUAUUUUUCAGAUAACUUUUUUGAUGGUCAGAGAAGGCGGCCAAUUGGAGAUCGUACACGUGAAGACUACAGAUAUUAUGAAUACAACCAUGAUCUUUUCCAAAGAAUGCCACAGAAUCCAGGGAGACAUGCUUCAGGUAUUGGGAGAGUUGCUGCUACAUCUUUAGGAAAUUUAACUAACCAUGGUUCUGAAGAUUUACCCCUUCCUCCUGGCUGGUCUGUGGACUGGACCAUGAGAGGGAGGAAAUAUUAUAUAGAUCACAACACAAAUACAACCCACUGGAGCCAUCCUCUUGAGCGAGAAGGACUUCCUCCUGGAUGGGAGCGAGUUGAGUCAUCAGAAUUUGGCACCUAUUAUGUAGAUCACACAAAUAAGAAGGCUCAAUACAGACAUCCCUGUGCUCCUAGUGUGCCUCGUUAUGACCAACCACCUCCUGUCACAUACCAGCCACAGCAAACGGAAAGAAAUCAGUCCCUUCUGGUACCUGCAAAUCCAUAUCAUACUGCAGAAAUUCCCGACUGGCUUCAGGUUUAUGCUCGAGCCCCUGUGAAGAACUACAUUCCAAUACAUGUCAGACCUAAGUACUCACAAGUGCUCUAGAAAUGAGAGUGAUACCUUGAAGUACUCCACCAGGCCUCGGCAGCUCUACAUGGGGAAAAAGCCACAUGUUUACACAUUCCUUCCAGAAAGUCCAUCCCCAAACUGCUCUGCAUUGAAUGUGCCCGCCUUAUAAGAAGUAGGCAGAACUGGGUAAACUGGGAUCACUGGGCCUCCAGAAUUCAAAAAGAUGCUGCUGCUGCUGCCUCUAGUGGUGGAACUCAGUGACACAAAGACACGGCAAGAAAAAGCACCAAGGCCCACAGCAGAUCCAAGGGGUCUGGAUUGUUUACCUGUCACUGCCUGGUAGCAUUGAUUUCACACGGCCCAUGUUAUACUGGUAAGUUCGAGCUCGGCAUAAUGGGCUUAACAAAGCAACACAGAAAAUGAAUCUUCAGAGAAGUCUUGUGAUUUCUUCAGAGGAAGAAGACAAUCUUUAGAAGAAUCUUUUGAUUUUCCUUAAAUCAUUUUUUUUGUAGAGGUUUUUGCUAUAGGGUGCACAUGCUCACCAGAAAGACAGAGACAGAGACAGAAAGCAAGAAAUCAACCCAACAUCCCCCCCCCCCAGGGAGGAU